CCACUUCCCACACAGAGUUAAGGAGAACGAAUAUAAGAUUGUGGCAACGCUUACCUUCCUUCACCUAUGAGGUGCAACACUCUGAAUAUAUGUAUGAUGACCAAGAGGUGGUGCGCUUUCGCAGUCAUACUUACCGGGUUUAGUCGGACGUCGGCGUUUGCGCCGUUGGCUGUACGGUGCAAAGGUAGUCACGAAGCUUUCCGCGUUUCUAGGACAAGAGGCACUUGUCCUGGAUUAUCGAUGACGACUAGGGUGAUGCAGGCACCCAGGGGACCGUUAUUCGCAAGGGCAAAUACAUAUACAGAGCAAUUGGAAGAGGAUACACUCUCUGACGUCGAUUCGCGGGUUCUACAAUCGAUGCUGCAAGAUUCAAAACUGGAUUUGGAUACUGAAGAGGAUAUCAAGAAGCUUUUAGAGCGAGGAACAGCCAACACGGCCAAGAAAAAUCCUGAGGCUAAGGCGGAAGAAUCUGACACGCAAUUCUCAUCGAGCGUUUUCAAAACUUUCUCGGACACUAAGCUCUGGAAGAAAGUCACAGCCCAAGCAUCUGAUCUGGCUGAAUCCGUCGGUAUCUGGGUCACCAAUCGUAUCGAGCAAGACGUCAAGGUACUGACAGCGCUGGGUGUCUUUACGUGGGAUAGAGUCGUCCAGGAUGUUGCUCGUGCCUUACCAGCUGCCAGUACUUCGGCUCGCAAAUUUCUGAUAUUGACCAACUCGAGCAGCUAUCAAGAGCCGCUCGAGCCCGAACAGUCUGUUUUGGAAGAAAUGAACCGUCCCGCGGACGAGAUUCAAGCUGUGUCUCGAGCGGUCUUUGCCAUUUUGGCGGGCGACCAAGCUAGUGGCCGUGGACUUCGUACGGUGGCUCCCGCCGGCUCUAUCAACUCUGCCGAGCGACAGCGCCGUGCAUUUGUCCAGCGAAAAAAGCUGGAUAAGCAGGAUCGUGACGUUACGCGGGUCGCUGGUGCUGUCGUCGAUACAGCCUACGAACUGCAGCGAGAGCUUGCAGCAGAAGCGAAUCCGGCAGGAUACAAGACGAUCAGUAUCCGUAACGCAAUCGAAGCGGGUGUGAGCAAUACAGGAAAUAUCCUUCGGGGUGUGAAAGAGUUGGUCAGGUUAGGCGCAGCCGAUCGUAAUGAACAGAUGCUGUUGACAGCCAAUCCAAUCGAGGUCACCGGAGCAGGUCUGGAUCGGACAGAGAUUUUGAUUAAGUUGCAAAUGGAGCGGUCAAAUAUCGCAGCAAGGUUACAGCAAUGCAUCAAGGACCCUGGAAGAACCUGGCUUCGGCAAGAAAUUACGGGAGAUGAAUUUUUGUGCUUCGAUGAGGGUAAGCUUCGCGAUGUGGUAACCAUGAUGAUCUUUGUUCGAGAUGAGGUGGAGACGAAGUUUGAGGAAGAAAACGAAGGAACUUUGGAAAAUAUAAUCCACCAACUAUCGUCCGUCCGAAACUCGGUGGAGGAUAUCCACUCUCGCAUUGCUGAAGCUGCAUCAUGGAAAGUUGCCGAGGCCUUCCGGAAUGAAAUUUUUGCCAUUUCAGUUGAUUCGGCCGAACAACCAUUAAUACUCAGGCUCGUGGAGCUGGAAGAGAGCAUUAAUCCACCACCUGAGUCAUUGUUUAGUAAUACAGCACCCACGGGUGCGACCAUGGCGCACGGUGUGUCUGCAAAAGCAUCAGAGAACCAGCCAUGGUUCGCUAUGACUGAUCCUUACCAAGGAGAACAAGUUGUUGUCGAGCCUAAACAAUCUGGAAACGUCAAAAGACCAACGUUCGUUGACGUCAUUCCCGAAAUUGUCGCCACAAGACCUAUGGAGCCCUCGAGUCAUGACGUUGUGGAAGUGAAAAGUACCGCCUCAGAAAAUUUUGACGUUACUGUUCUGGACGACGAAAAAGAAUCCCAAGGUUACACUUUUGCAGCGGAACUCGUGACCGACGAUGAUUUUGAUGUAGCAGUUGGUAGAGCGAAGUCUGUAAAGGCACUCACGGAAGAGGAAAUGGAAGAAAAGACCGAGCAACCGAGCUUGGUUUCCAUGUUUUUGCUUCGAUCGUUAGAUGUGGUUUUCUUUUUGGUUGAAAAAACACUUACAGUUGGAGUUCCCAAAGCAAUAGCGCUCAGCAAGACAAUUUCCAUCCGCAUUGAUGAGAUAAAUCGUGAUGGACGAGGGACGAAAGGAUGGCAACAAUUCCGCAAAUCGGCAAGUCCCCGAGGAAGAUACUAGGAUAGAGCUAGAAAAUCAAAGAGCUGAUCAUUCAUGUAAAAUAGCAGGAAAAAGGAUGUCGCAACAAAACUAAAAAUACCCUGCCUGGACACUGGUGAGUUUUUCAGUUGUUGUACUAUUCUUCGUCAUACAAAGAGGAAAUUCACUUGUUCCGGUCUCAAAGCGCCCGCAAAAUCACUAAUCCGGCCAAAUUCUACAUUC